AUGGACUCGACUCCAGUGACGGCUCUCAAGGAGCUUCGCAUCGACACUUCUAUCGGCGCGGCUCCGUUUUCCACAGACACCGAGUCCGAAUUGCCCGUGGUCGAAGUAGCUCAGCUCUCACCCAAACUCGACCGUGUUCGACAUCACCUCAUCCCAGCACGCACAAACACCUGCGUCCGCGCGCCUUGCCUCAAGCGACAAGCCUCUGUCCCGAUCUCGAGCAUCUCUCUCGACCUGGCCAGUGCUCGUCGUGGAAGCGCUUCCGUCCAGGACCGGGUGGCUUCCAACCCUCUGCCCACCUCGUUUGCCGCUCCGCGCAACCUCGUCCUCCAAUCGGCUUCGCGCCAUGUCCACUUUGACGAUGCUCCGCCCGAGGAGUUUUUUGUGCUUUCCGGCGCGUCUUACGAUCGCCGUCCAAUCAAAUGCACUCAGGGCGGCUCCGAGUUCGACAUGAGCCUUCCGCCCCGAUGCAAAUCCUAUAACGGAGACGAUUCCAACGACGACGACGCCUCUUCCACAGACGGGGGCCCCAUUACCCUUGAAUCUGCGGAAGAACCCGCACCCGAUGUCGGCUUCUUCCACGACCCUACGCUCGAGAACUGGGCCUGCAUCAAAAAUGGAACCGUCAUCGCUUCCGUCGGCUACCAGCCACGACAGCAGCAGUCCGGCCUGAUGGCCAGUGGCAAAUCGCUCCACUUUUCCGCCCUGUCCUCGUCGCAGCAUGCCUCGGCUCUCAACGGGGGAGCAGAUCCUUCCCUGAGCUAUCCAGAGACACAACCGGAAGCGACGUCGCAGAAAGUGAGCCUUCCCGUGCACGGCUUCCGCUCCUUUGGCGGUCUUCAAAACAGUCUUGCUCCAAAGACAGCAGCAGCAGCAGCUGUUGCCGCCCCUGUUCAACCGGUGGCGUCGCCAAAGCAGGCGCCCAGCACCGAGGAGACGACUCCGCCGUCUGUCCGCAAGCUUUCGCCCGAUGCCACGCCUAUGCCAAGCCCUAGCCUGCACAAGUCCAUCGGCGCUUUUACCAGCGUAAGCUACUUUGCCAGCGGUUCGAGUUGCGCGCAGUCGUCCAGCACUGCCGACAGCAAGCAUACCCGAGAAGCACCGAGCAAAGACAUGGCCUUGUCCAGCGAAAAUGCGCUCGGCAUCAUGGAGGUGCUACGUGACGAAGCGGCUAACGCUUCCAGCAACGACACGGGUCGUGACUUUCGCGUCAACGAACCCAGCCUGAGCUACACCAGUACCAGUAGCCCGUCCGGCAUCAAGCCGGCGCGUAUCACGGUCAACGUGCCGGAAGCCACCGCACGUUCCACACCGCGACGCAUGGGCUUGGAAAGGAGGAUGGCCGACAAGGACGCCGUGCGCAUCUCCAGCCUCCAUCCCUCGGCAUCUGUCAAUGGAGGUGUCACGGCAUCGUCUUCCGGCUGGUCCAACUUGCUCGGCGUCACUUCGUCGCCUCUGUCAUCGCGUUGCUCUUCGGUGGAUCCCUGGAGCAGCCUGAGCAGCGAUGGAGACGGAGAUGGAACCGAGUCGCCCUGCAACGAGACGAGCUGGAUCAGCAGCAACUGCACCAGUCCCGACCUCAGCCCUUUCGAACAGGCGGCCGAAGGCUUCAGCCACAAGAACGGCUCACACCCACCCGUCGGCUCGACUCCGAGCUGGCUGGAAGCACGCAGCAUCAAGCACGUCGACUCUACAUCAACGCUCAGCAAUGGUGGCUCGAGCUACGCCAAAGCGAUCCUGUCCGAUGCAGAACGCGAGCUCAACACGCCCAAAAGCACCGAUCUUGCCGACGAGACCAAAUUUUCGUCGUCGGUCGAGACGGUCAGCACGAUGAGCUGGGAGCACAAGCGCUUGACGGGCAUGGUAUCCAGCAAUCUGCUUGGCGGAAUUUCAAGUGGCGAUGUUUCGACCUCGGAAGCCACGACACCCGAAUCGUCUCGGCGACCCAGCUUCCAUCACAACGACGUGGUGUCGCAUCGACUGUCGCCGAGUUUGAGGACGGGCUUUGCGGACCACGAUUCUUCGGCCAUCGACACACUCGACGAGGACGAUUCGCACAUGCUGCGCGUGCGCUCGCACAGCAGGGACGGGCAUGCCAAGAAGAAGUCCACCAAGUGUCGAUACUGCCGAUCGCUGCGACAGCGCAUCAAGAACGCGGGCACGGAGUCGUCGGCGCCGACGUCGUCUGGCGGCUCUGCUCAGAUCACGGACGCGGAAGAGGAUGCAGAGGGCAAGGGCGGGUAUCUCAGUCUGGCAUCGGCGGCCGUGUCGCUGGCACAGCACGACUCGCGCAAGGUCAGUGCCGAUCUCCCAGGCUCUACCGAGGUGUCCGAGAUGGAGGACGAGGAUGCGCAGCGCUCGAGCGUGCGCUCGCUGAGCAUGGACGAAUGGUCGUCUAACGCCUCUCGUUCGCGAUCACGCGAUCGUUCUGCCUUGUCGCGUGUUUCUGCCACCAUGGAAGCGCAGCAUGAUCGCGAAUCAUCCAACUCACCCGCGGAGAGCUGCUCCGAGUCGCCGCGCGUAUUGGCGGUAAACUUACCCACGGAAUGUACGUGCGACAAGAAGCGGGAAAAGGAGCGGAUGAAGAAGAAGAUGCGCAAGGAGCGCGAGUUGGAGCGCGAACGCGACCGCGAAUGGGAGCGAGACCAGGCGAGGGGCAGACAGAAGAAGCUGUUUGGCGAGAGCUUUGGCGACGCCGACACGAGCUGUCUGUCUGCGCUGGACGGUUUCUAA